UCAAGCCCAGGUGAAUUUCUUUAAGCCAUUCUCUUUUUUAUUAAGAUGAUAUUAUGUAUUUUUGGUACGUGCGGUACGUACAGCUAUUUCCUUAUGAUAUUCGCACUUGGUAUCAAUGAACAAGUUAUCUCAGCGAGUAAACUAGAAAUUAACGAGUCGACUCGACUCGACAUCAGAUGUGGAAUACAAAUAACUGGUUCUGGAUUAAGGAAAAAAAUUGCAUCGUAGCAAAAAAGUUGAUUUUUUGAGUACCUACCUAUCGUUUCAAUUAAAUCUUUCGGCGUGAAUGAAAACGUUGUGCGUAAACGAUAUUUUUACUCGGCGUGGAUUUUUUCGUCAAAUUGAUGAUAUUUCAACUUAUUUUUAUCAUCGCGUCGGCAACGAUUAAAAAUGUAGCCGGAUGUGAAGGAGUACCAGAUCAUUGUCCGAAAGAUAGAGUUAAUUUUCGUUUAUACACAAACCACUACCAAUCAAACCAGUCAUAUCAUCCAUUUGAUUUAGAGGAUAAAAAUACAAUAUCGAAAGCCACUUUCGACCCAAAUGCGCCGGUAAAAUUCAUUUUACAUGGAUACACAGGAGGUGCUGGAAAUGAGCUCAUGCAAAAGCUCAUACAUGAAUAUCUCGAAUCACCCACACCGAUAAACGUAGUGAUGGUAAACUACGAUAAAAUCGCUAGAGAAGGCUGUUACCCUAGAUUAUUUUGGAAUGCUGGAGCCUUGGGAAAAUGUGGAGCAGAAAUGAUUCUUCAAAUUAUCAAAAAUAAAGGCGUUAGCAUUGAGAAAUUUCACAUUAUCGGAUUCAGCAUCGGUGCCCAUAUAGCGGCUGAAAUUUCUAAUCAUUUGAGAACAAAGUUUUUACGACUUGAAAGGAUAACUGGUUUAGAUCCAGCAUUUAUGUUCUUUUUUCCCCUUGUAAUUAGUAGUAAACACAAGCUCAAUAAGCAACAUGCCAAGUUUGUGGAUGUGAUCCAUACGAAUAUAUUCUGGUAUGGAAUUCCUUAUUCCAUGGCUCAUUAUGAUUUUUAUGCCAAUGGAGGAAGAAUACAGCCUGACUGUGAGAAAGAGAGAGAUACAUAUCGAUGUUAUCAUAAAAUGGCUGUCGAAUACUUCAUCAAUACAAUUAAUAACAAAGCAGAAUACAAAGCAACGAAAAUAGCAUGUCCUUUAUGGCGGUGGUUUCUGGGAUAUUGUCCAAAAAACAGUCCAAUUCAUGCGAACGUUGGAGAGCACGCAUUUAGACCAACCAAUCUGGAAGAGGGUGCUUAUUACUUUGAUACUCGCCGUGAUAUUAAAAGCUCAUAUCAAGAGAAUAAACAAUAGAUAAUUUAAUCAUACUAGUCAUGUGACAAAAAAAAAUAAAUACAUAUCAACCUUU